AUGCCCUCACCACGGAUCAAAGAACCUCGCAUGGUUCCCUCCACCUUCCUUCCCCCCCAACCCCCACCGCAGGCCCCACUACGGACCGGAAGCCGCGGAGCUUCCGCCCGACACACCUGGGGGCGGCCAUGUUGUUGUACGGAACGCGCCCCGGGGGCCACGAACCGGAAGUGCCGAGCGACCCGCCCACCCGGGACGCGGCUCGCAGCGCCCAGGCGCCCGAGGGGGCGGGGCUCGGGGAGACCGGGCGCGCCAUGUUGCCGUACGGCACCGGCCUGGCCCGCAGGGCUCUUCCUCGGCGGAGGCGUGGAGCUCUUUGAACCUGGAGCUUCCCGAAACCACUCGACUACUCAGGAACUCCCUGCCUCGGGCCUCCCCGACGCCGUCUGGUCGAGCCCCCACCCCCACCCCGCGGGGUACCUCGGAGCUGGGCUCUCUCCAGCUGUGCAGGGCUCCAGGGGACGACAUAAAAGACUUUGCUCUCCUGCCCCGGGUUGGUGCAAAGCCUGGCACUCGCUACUGUGCGAGCCUCGGGCCUGGUUUCCCCGCCCGGUGGCCUGCGCUCGCCCUUCCCCUCCAGAGGGGCGCGCACCUGGAGGCCGCCCACCAGCCCCGGCUCUAUGGCCAGGCGCUUGCACACGCGCGUACAAACGAGCACAGCCUGCUGCGCCAGUGAGGCCGCGCAGCAGACGUGACAAUUGGAGGUCCCACCGAGAUCGUGAAAGGUCUCUGUGA